CAUCAUCAUCGUCAAUAUAAGUCUUAGUAUUAGCAUUGAUAUCAUCAUCUUUAUCAUCAUAAUUAUCAUUGCCAUUAAUAUUCGUUCAAGGUAGGCCAUCAACAAGUAGGUUAAAGGAAGAAGCAAAGCGAAGGAUCUAAAAGGAACGUCACGCGUGGAAAUAGAAUCCUUCCUCAUUCCAACGAAAAAAAAAAAAAUAAACGAAAAAAAAAAAAAAAAACUACAAAAAAAAGAAAUUUUCCGUAACUAAAACCGGGUUGCGUUGUGUCGUUUCUGGCGUGGGAUGAAAAUUAUAUUUAAUAAGCUAUCGUAGUUAGGUUUGCCGUCGCAUUAGAAGGGAGAUUUUAAUGGUUUAUUUACGUAUUGGUAAAUUUGAAAAGAAAAAAAAUAAAGGUUUAGUUUGUUGUUUCUGAAGGAUAAUAGUUAGCGUAACCCGGAUUUAAGAGGAGUGAAGGUCGCUCGAUGAAGGGAGCAACAGCGAUGAGUUCAGGAGUAUGUCCCUUCACGCUCACCAAGAAUCUCCUAUACCACACCCUCCUGACGGGGGUGCUGCUUGUGGUGGCCGUAACGCAGGGCAUCUUUCUUGACGUCUACAUCAUCAGCAACGACCACACGGCCAUCGUCAACUACUUCUGGCUUAUCCCGGACUUUCUGAUGGUGUUCGGGUUUGUGGCGGCCAUGUCCUCAGGGUACAGGAACUGCAAGCUGGAGCAGCACCCGCCCAACGUCAACGUGGAAGGCAAGCGGAAGGAGGAGGGCACCAGGUGGCGGAAAGUGGAAGGCAUUCUGGGCAAGCACGCCAUGCCCUUUUACGUGUGGCUGGUUUACUCCGUGCUGCUGGUGGCCAAAGUGGUCAUCAUCUUCAAGUCGGAGAUCCCCAACAAGAUCAACACUACGGAUGCGCUGAGCCCGCAGCUGCUCAAGAUCGUUCUGUCAUUGUCGUGCAUUGUGUUUGCGCUGCUUGUCGAAGGCCAGGCGACGGUCGGGGCCAGCUCGGAAAGGGAGACGUACAUCAGGUCACUUGCACAAGGGACGGCCAUGGAGAUACUGGACUCGGUUACAUUCAUAUCACUUUUAAUACAGUCAGAGUCAGGAUUUCUCUUCCCUGACUUUAUGGAAAACAUCAUCAUUGCAUUUUCAUGUAUGAACUUCUUCCUACCAGGGAUAGCUUUGGUGAAACUGAGUCGUAGUAAUUAUGGCAACAGUGCUGUCUGUCUGGUAUCCUCUAUUGUUUACAAAAUGAGUCACCUGUGGCUGAUCAACUUCUCGUAUUUUAUCAUCCGAGUCCACCUGUGGGCGGGCUUGUCAAUAUCAGUGUCGCCCUUUAUCGUCAAAAACCUGUGCAACAUGUUCGUCACCAUGAAGUCUGUCUGGGGAGACUUGAAGCAGUUAAAAGUUGUCGUGCACAACUACACGAACCGCAAGAGGCGAGUGCACGGCAACACAGGGAUCACACCAGUCGUCGACCUGAACACUGGAAAUGGCAGUUCGGAGUGGAUGCAAGCAGGAAGUGACAGGUUCGAGGAGAUUGAUCUGAAGAGUGACAUACCACGUGCUAAUGCUGACGUGGUUGAUAAGUAACUACGUAACUUUUUAGAUAUUUUUUUUGAUCUUUGAUUUUUUUUUUCAAACCAGAAAGGCUGUGAUGAUAGAUAGAAUCUGAUAAAUGUGUUAAAAGUUAUGCAAACAUAUCAGAAGAAUUCCUUGGUAAGUGUUUUCUCAUUCAUGAUACUGUUUUAUAAUCAAAAUUAAUGGUUAUAAGCAUUUACCUGAUAACUUGCAGUGAUAUUUCAAAAUAUGGUGUUGGAACUGUAUGAGUACAAGACUCAAGCUUUAUUAUAGCAAAGGAUAAUUGAUAACUGACAUUGACUCUGUUGCUGAUGCUGUUACGACUACUACUGUUAUUACUGUUGCUGCUACUACUACUUAAUACAACUAUUACUUACUAUGACUACUACUUACUACAAAUGCUACUUACUAUGAUUACUACUACUACCACUAA